UGAGUCAAGAAAAUCCACCCGAUUGGGUCCUAAACAUCAGAUGAGUUGAACAAGCUCUGUUGCCGAGGCCGUAUCUCGCGCGGGGUCGACCGUGCAAUGUCCGUCACUUUGAAUUGGCUUUUUUGCUGCUUCUUCCUCUCACUCUCACAUUCGUAUUCUGAUCCCAGAUUGGCAGAUGUGCCUGCAGAAACAGAAGCACCAUGAACACCACACUGGACCGAGGAGCGCCAAGGCCUGAUGAAUUGAGCGAUGCGGGAUCUCUCUUAAGGCAACCCCAGACCAUAAUCUGGCUCAAAACCUCAGACCAGUCCUUUGCAAUCCACAAGUCCCUCCUAGUAGAGUCCUCAAAAUACUUCCAACGCUGCCUCGACGGGCCCUUCGCCGAGUCCCACACAAACACAAUCGACCUCAACGACACCGACGACAACGCAGACGCAGACGAAGACGGCGCCAAAGUCAACGUCACCAUCAGCCCGCUAACACUAGGCACCUACGUGAAACUAUGCUACUUCACCCGCCUCACAGCCCAGCGCGUCAAACGCUGCCGCCGCAACGCGGCGGACCACCCAGGCGAAGACGCCGUCUACUAUGAGGUCUCCCCCUUCUCCCUGAAACCCUGCGACAUGCACACCCCGCACGACCUGACAGAGCUCGUCGACAUGUGGUCCCUCUGCGACCGCUUCCACGACGACCUGCUUCUGGGCAAGGUAUCCACCGCCAUCCGCGAGACGCUCGACGUCGGAGCCACGAAGCUCGGCGGCAGCUGCGGCGGCGGCGGAGGUGGGGAUGCACAGCAGCAGCACGGCGCCGAGUGGUGGGUCUUCAACUUCGCCAACGGCUACGUCGCGCUGGCGAGCCUUCACCGGAGACGGGAUGACGACGUCGAGGGGUUGAUGGAGAGGUUGCGGGAUCUUUUUGUCCAGAACUGUUCGCCGGCUUCGUGGGAGAGGCUUGCGAGCCAGUUGCCUAGCGAGUUUGUGGUUGCGGCGUCGAUUGCGUUUCAGGCCAAGAUGGCGACGUUGAUGCCGCACGAGGCGGCAAUCGCGAGGGUCAAUGGGGCGAGUCUGUGUUAUGAGUGUAAGACUAGGGUCCAGACGGCUUUGAAGAGAUGAAGAUAGAUAUACGUGUUUCUCUUACAUUCGUUUCUAAUGGUUGUUUCGGCUGCAAAUGGAAUGCCAAAGCGGUUAGUCUCAACUGCGACAGCAGAAGAGGAACUCCUUCAGGCCUGCCAUGAGGGCUAUUAUUGAGUUGAUGCGAUAUCCCUUACACAAUGAAGACC